AAUGCUGCAAUUCCGGCCGAUUCAAACUCCGGGAGGAGGAGGAGGAGGAAAGGGGCGGAGGCAGAGGCGGGCCCUCCCCGCUGGAGGGCGGGGCCGGCCCCUGCCGACUUCCUCCCGCUGUCGCCCCUCCUCCCCGUGCCACUUUCACCUGGCCAUGGCGCUGUCGUGCGUGGAGCGCUGCCUGGUGCUGGUGCUGCGCUUCCUCUCGCAGGUCCUCCUGGCGCUGCUGGGCCUCGCGGCUCGCGCUUCUUCCCUCGCCGCCGCUUCCUCCUUCUCCUCCUCCCCCCGCGUCCCCUUGGCAACGCCGCCGCCCUUCGCCGCUGCCGCUUCGUGCAAGGCCCGUGGCAUCCCGCCGCCGGGCCAAGAGCUGCUGCUCCUCUCCGGGGUCGAGUUGGCGCGGAGAAUCCGCUGCAAGGAGGUAAAGUGCAUUGAUGUCAUUGAAGCUUAUAUUAGGAGGAUCAAGGAAGUCAACCCUCUGAUCAAUGCAAUGGUCAAGGACAGGUUUGAGGCAGCCCUGCAAGAGGCUCACCAGGUCGACAAGCUACUUUCUGAGGGGCAUGAUGACGAAGGGUCGCUGAAGGAAAAGUUCCCCUUCCUAGGGGUCCCUAUCACCAUCAAAGAGGCCUUCGCCCUUCAUGGGCUGCCCAACACUGCUGGAUUGGUUAACCGUCGGAAUGUCAUCUCCACAUCUGAUGCAACAGUCGUCUCGCGGGUCAAACAAGCUGGCACCAUCCCACUAGGCGUGACCAACUGCAGCGAGCUGUGCAUGUGGUUUGAGUCGAGCAACCGUAUCUAUGGCCGAACAAACAACCCGUAUGACCUGGGGUGCAUAGUGGGAGGCAGCUCUGGGGGAGAGGGCUGCAUCCUGGCAGCUGCUGGCUCUGUAAUCGGUGUGGGCUCAGACAUUGGGGGCAGUAUCCGGAUGCCUGCUUUCUUCAAUGGAGUCUUUGGGCACAAGCCCACCACAGGUGUGGUUCCCAACGACGGCCAGUUCCCUAAUGCCAUGGGUGUGCGGACAAAGUUCCUGUGCACCGGCCCCAUGUGCCGUUACGCAGAGGACCUGGAGCCCCUGGUGAGGGUCAUGGCUGGGCCAAACAUCACUAAACUGAAGCUGGAUGAAAAGGUGUCCUUAGAGAACCUAAAAUUCUACUUUAUGAAGCAUGAUGGAGGUUCUAUUUUUGUUUCUCCAGUGGACAAAGAGAUCCUUCAGGCUCAGUGCAAGGUGGUUGAGCAUCUGGAGUCUGAGCUGGGGGUUCAAGUGCAGCAUGUGACCAUUCGCAAAAUGAAGUAUUCCUUCCAGAUCUGGUCUGUCAUGAUGUCUUCCAAGGAUGAUGAUGGGCAGGAAGCUCAAGCCUUCACAGACCUGCUCGGAGACCAUGGAAAACCAGUGUGGCCAUCAUGGGAGCUGGUGAAAUGGACGAUUGGGAUGUCUUCACACACCCUUCCAGCCAUUGCCCUAGGAAUAACAGAGAAGUUUGUGAAAUACACACCCAAGGAGAACGCUAAGCUCGCAAGCAUGGCCCAAAGCCUGCAGACUGAGAUUGUGGACUUACUGGGGAAUGACGGCAUCCUUUUAUACCCUUCACACCCUGUCGUGGCUCCCAAACACCAUGCUCCUUUGGGAAUGCCCUUCAAUUUUGCCUACACAGCCAUCUUCAACAUCCUGGGUUUGCCAGUGACUCAGUGCCCAUUGGGCUUGAGCAAGGAAGGCCUCCCUCUGGGCAUCCAAGUGGUGGCUGGACCCCACAAUGACCACUUGACUCUGGCCAUGGCACGAUACUUGGAGAAGGCAUUUGGAGGCUGGGUUUGCCCAGGCACAUCCUAAUGCUGCUCAUCUGAGACUGGCGUGAUCAAAAAUAUGAAGACCAUCCUAUCAGAUCUACUGACAGAUGACUGUGUCUGAAACUGGAAGAGGUCCCCAUGUGCCCCCUCCUCCCUUGUAGGGAACAUAGAUGCGGGUUAUCCAUCCACCAUUUAAGAUGCUGCCUCCCAUGAGACCAAGGCCAAUAUGGUGAAGGUUCAGCCCUGCAUUUUAGCUUUCUCCCUUUUCCAUUGCAAACUGAAGGCACGGGGAGAGGAUGUUCUGCUUUCUCAGGGAAAUCAGGGGUUUUGUAGGGGGGAGGGGACUCUGACCAGAGACAAUCAUGUUAUGUGCAGUUGCAAAGGGCAGCUUUUUGUUUUGGCUGGAGCAUUGGUAAAGCAGGCUCUAAAUCCCAGGCUUCCAUUAUUUUGUUUUGGAAGGACAUUGGAGAGCUCCACUAGAUACUUACUCCUAAAUACCUUUGGGAUAUGGGGGUCCACAGGCUGCUACCACCUUGCAGCUUGCACAAAACACUACCAUGCACAGAGCUCCUUGGUAACAUCUUCAUACAUUCCUGUUCACAUGGGGCUUCAUGGUCAUACACUCCCAUCCCUGGCACUCUGGCUCAUGGUGGAAGAUGUGCAAGAACUGUUGUCUUUUGUAAGGCAGAAACUGACAAAUCUUGCGAAGUUCCAUAGGGGUAUGAUAGGUAAAAAGCUCCCUGCCUGCCUGUCCAUUCAUUCGCCUUGAGUCUUUCCUUCACUUUCCUUUUCUGCCCCAAAGAGGGCAGCAUCCUUUUAGCUGUGGGGCUCAAGGCAUAUUUUGUAUUGGUGCAGGAGUUUUUUUUCUCUCUCUACCAUUGAUUGAUACUGGAACCCUAUUCCACUCUGUGCAAUCCUCUUGAUUGGGUGCAAAGGAGCUGUGGUCAGUAAUCACUUCUCAUGGGCCAAUAUUGCUGCACUGAUAUUAAUGAAAAUAUAAUAUAUUAUCAAGCUCCUGAA